AACUUCUCAAAUACUUUCUUUGUGCUGAUCCUAAAUCUAAUAAAUAGUAUGUUAACCAAACACGGCCUCCGAAACACACGAACCCGCCGGCGAAAACGACCGGUGAAUGCGCCAUCGAAGCUCGCCUCUUUUCGCCUCAUCCCUGUUUUCCACGCGAUGGCGAGUUCUUCCUUUGCCUAGCUGUAUCUCAUGCUCUUCAUCUUCCGAAAUCCUAACAACGGAAAAUUGCGCUCCUGCGUAGCUGCGCUUCGAUGUCAGCGCCCAAGUUAUUGGCAGAGUACGGAAAAUCCAGCCGAUCCACCUGCAAAAUAUGCAGCAAGAAGAUAGCUGCUGGUUCCCUCAGGUUAGGCUUAUCCACCAAGGACCCUAGAGGGUUUGACAUGGUGAAAUGGCAUCAUUUGAACUGCUAUUCGAAUGACUUCCACCCGCUCGGCGCGCCAGAGGAAAUCAAGGGAUUCUCUUCCCUGAAGGGCUCUGAUCAGGACUCUCUGAGGAAACUGGUGGCCGAAUCAUCCUCGUCUCAGUUCAUCAAUGGUGAUAACAGAAAGGAGACCGAAGAAUCAGAGGAGGUGGAAAUUAAAAAAAGAAAGCUAUUUGGAGCUGAAGAGACAAAUUUGGAGGUGAAAUUUUCCCUUUCUGAUGUCAGGAAUAAGUACAAGGAUGCUAGCCUUCCACCAAACUGGAAAGCCUUCAAGACUAUCAUUUUUAAUGAACCGGAAGAUGGUCUUCAUGAUACAGAAAAAAUUGCUGCAUUUGAUUUUGAUGGAUGUCUUGCUAAUACGUCUGUGAAAAGAAUUGGUGCAGAUGCGUGGUCUAUUAUGUAUCCAUCCAUUCCAGAGAAGCUGCAAGAGCUCUACAAUGGAGGACAUAAACUGGUUAUCUUUACAAAUGAGUCCAACAUCGAGCGCUGGAAAAAUAAACGACAACAAGCUGUCGAUUCUAAAAUAGGUCGACUUGACAACUUUAUUAAGCUUGUAAAAGUUCCAAUUCAGGUACUCAUAGCUUGUGGACUAGGAAGCAGCAAGAUGGAUAUUGAUGACCCAUUCCGAAAGCCAAUGACUGGAAUGUGGAAAGUUUUUACUGAGCAUUUCAAUUCUAGCAUAGCCGUUGACAUGAGCCAGUCCUUUUAUGUUGGUGAUGCAGCUGGAAGAACAAAAGACCAUAGUGAUGCUGACAUCAAAUUUGCUCGGAAUCUAUCUUCAUUAAAUUUUCGAGCAAUAGGCUUAAAAUUCUUUACUCCCGAGGAGUUCUUCCUUGCUUGAGGCUUUACGUGUCUGGAAAUUUAAAGUUUUGACACUCGGCAGUUUUACCCUGAGAAACCUGCAGGUCGAGUAGCAGUAUAUUAUAUAUUUUUGAUAUUUUUGUUUUAGCUGAUUCUGUUAAUGUUGCUAGUAUUUCUAUUUUAAUUUAUAAUUGUCUUUCUACAUGCAUAUUACUAAGCCACAAUACAUUAGUUUUUGUUUCAGAAAUUUU